AUGAUGGAGGGUUACUACAACGAUCUCCAUGUGCUCGAGGGCUUCGUUCGUGCUGAAUACGACAAGCCGGAAAUGCUGCCACCAGCGGUACAGGAAGUGCUCCAACGAUCCACGCCUACCUUUAGCUCCAUAACCUAUCCUUCAUAAAAACGCUCUCACGCGCGCCUAGUGGUCAUGACCAUUUGCAUUUGACGCAAAGGCAUUUGUCAUGCACCGUGGCACGACGGUGCUCCACGCACAACGGGUAGCCAGACAGGUUGUGGUCGCGAGCCGGCGUCUUCAGGUGGAAGACCAAUAAAACUGCGAGUAUAUCACACACAUUUCUUCGUGGCGCGGGUGUGGGAACGUUUUUACCCAGAAUGAAGCCGCGCCCAAAGUUGUCUCUACGGCUUCCUCGAGACAGGUCGGCAGCAAGUUUGAGAAGGACGACACCACAACGUGGAUCUAUCCUGUAGCAAAACUGGCCUUCUGGUCUCACACGUUCAGCAAAGUCUGUGGUGCAAAAUUUUAUUCUACAAAUGAGUUUGUCUUGCAGAAAGGCAAAAAAAGGUUGUGGCAUAGGUUUAGGGUUUAGGGUUUUUGGCAGGAGGCGACUUCUCGUCUGUAUUCCGGGUCGUAUUUUACGUAUUUUUCCAGCCCACUCCUGUCAAGCUGAAAUGGCAACGCUUCUGUUUGACCACUACCCACAGCUCCAAUCUCGAUAUCUGGUAAGGCAGGUGUGAGUAGUGUCCGCCCGCAUGAUGUUCCGUAAAUUUUCCUGCUUCACAGACUGGAGGUUCUUUUUGCUUUGAUACAAUCACGACAGACUUCACCGACGCAGACCGCACCAGUGCGGCAAUCACCGAUCUCAAAUCUGCGCACCGUCUCAUCCAGCAGAUGGCACUGGAUAACGCGAACAUGACCCAGCACGUUGCAAGCAUGCGGGAAGCACUGCAGCAGGCGUACGAGGAACAGUGUCUGUCCGAAAUGGAAUGCGACUACCUCGUGUGCGAAACCUACGACUCCGUAGACUCCAGGAUCCGGAAACUCGAAGAAGACUACCCCGGCUUGUGGGAUCAAAUGUGCAGCUACUGUCGAGCAGACGAAAUCGUGCCAGGCGAUGAUGCCGACUGGCACCAGUUCUUCAGCAGCAUACCUACGAUCGAAAGGAGGGCUAAGGAGAAAGCACGACAGGCUAUGCUACGAGAGGGUGAAACACUGAACCUGUCAUGUCAGUCGGCACUGAAAUGUACUGAACAAGAGAGCACUUGCUUCGUUUAGGUUUACGUUUCAGUACCUUGGUCAGAAAUAAAAGUGGUCGGCCGCUUUGUCUUAUGCAGUGUGAUGUAGUACAAAGACAGUCUCCUAAUCUGCAGGCACAUUCCAGCUCAAAAUGACAUGACUGACAGACAUUUUUCCGCCUGAUCUUAUCCGAGAGAAAAAUCCCCCAUCCCCGUACUGAAAUGAAAACUAUGUGAUGCGGAUUUGCGUACACGAAUUGCCUCGGACUGCAGCGAAAUUUCAAAAGGCAGCCCCCCGGUCGCUUGGUCGACCCAGCGAGCGGGGGGGUACCGGAAGAGGGCGGCCUGCCUUUGCUGCUUCAGUUUCUGGGCGGCACGCUACCCGCAGGCGGCGCAAUUUUCAAGGGGCCGCCCCCCGGUCGCUUGGUCGGCCAAGCGAGCGGAAGGGCGGCCAGCCUUGUCCGGGCCACUUCCUGGGUGACACGCUGCCCGCAAGUGGCGCGUUUUUUAACAUUGUACACAGAUGCAGACGCCUGCGUGGCGAGUAGCAUUAUUUCGUUGGGGCUUGACUGUUUUGUCAGCCCUUCGCCAAACAGCUUCGGCAGCAAAAUAACAAAUAAAAGUUGGCUGCCGUUUAUGUAGUACAGUACGGGCUACUCUGUGUACACGUAAUCAAGCAUUGCAAAUCCCCUUUUUGGCAUGCGGAAGGCAGGGAAUUUUUCUUCUCAAUACACGUUUUGACGAUUUUGCAGCGACAUGUGCGGGGAUCGGAACGCUAUUUCCGCCAGCCGGAAUGAUCUGUAGUGCGACACCCGAAUCAAAAACAGCAUCUGAACUCGCCGAACUAUCAGCGAAAUAUAUCGAAGCAGAAAAUACUCCAGCACACGCAGCGAAGAUGAACCACAGUGGGGCCAGUCAGAGGCGCUUCGUCCCUCAACACGGACGGAGCUCCUCCAAGACCGCCCCGGCGGUUCGUUAAUCUUGCAUGAGACACUGGCGGCACGGGAACUUGAAUGCAGCGGUGUUUCCGUGCCCCAUGCUGCAGCUGUGACUCGUGGAGGCUUUUUGGUUUCAUAACUUUUGAAAACCCCGUCGCAGCAGCACUUCAUUUUCGGCUCCAGAUAUGACGGCGAAAAACCAAAGUAAAGCCGGCGGCGGUGAAAUGCGUUGCGCCAUACUGUAAGAUUGAGCGAUUCUUCGCAGACUUUCUAAGCGUCUUUAGUCCGGUUUUGCUUUGGUUUGCAGCCCAUAAUCAGAAAUGGCGCACGAGCUUUUCUUCAAGACCAGGACGCUGAAAGAAACAUUGGAAAAGCUGGCCAGUGCAGAGAAGCGCCUAAAAAAACUUUCGGAUAAGGCGACUACAACGUACGCAAACACUUAUAAUUUUGUCGAAUGUUCAGUGGCAAUCCAUGGCAACACAGAAAGUAGAGUACCCAGGCUCCAUUUCGCGUUCACAUACGCAUCGUGACAAAUUUUAUUACAGAUACUUACAGAUUGAACGAAUAAAAAACUCAAUAAAACAGCUCUGCGGGGGACCCCAACAAGCCAGCGGUACUCUUCCUUCUGCAGACGCACUUACAUGGUCGGUUCUGCUUUUGAACACCUGCAAGCUAUCAUGCAGAUAUGGUUUCUCUGCUGCGUACUAAAGUAGCGGACAUUGCAGAAAAGUUUCUGUCUGGAGUAGGCUGUUUGCAUGAGCCGCAGUUUUAUCGAUAUGGAUUACGGAUUAUCAGAUUUAUGUUUUUGGCAUGCAAGUAGAUCCCCUAGCCCUAGGCACCUAGUUACAACAUGCAUAUCCGUGAAAGGUAUCGGACGGGCGCGAAGAGGCCCUACUGCUUCAGGGGGAAGAAAUCAAACGGCUGCGGCAGACACAAGACGCGCUGUCGCGCGAACUGUACAACGAGAACAUGCUGAAAUACACCAUGCAAGACCAGGCACGCGCCGACCGGUGGAGAAAGGUGAUGCACAAAGAAGGCAAGCUGACAGAGAAUGAAAUCGAACAGAGGGUGGCGCAUUGGUUAAGGUAAGGCGAUGGACAAUAUUUGUUCGCAUCUAAUAGACCCUAUAUUAGUUUUUGGCAUGGACCGCCCGCACGGCUGUGGCAUUUCUAUUUCAUUUUUACCGUCCGUCUAUCGCCGCCACGCCGGGUUUUUGUAUUUUUCAGUGCCGAAUGCAAAUCACGAAAAGCGGCUAGAUGCGAACACGGUUUUCCUUACCAUGUCGAACUCUUGCAGCCAUCCUCGCGUGGACGCGCCAAACACUUCAUUUUUGCAAAGUAAACACCAAGUGUGGUGCCAAGAUAUCUAAUUGUGCACGAUGAGGUGCUUGCUUCUUGUUUUUGCAUCAAGCUGUAAUUCCCAAAACACCUACGUUUUAUGUGGAUGUAGACGAAAAAUUUAUCCCGGAGUAACGAUGUACCUUGGCAGCAACGGCAGGAGGUUUGAAAGGUCCAUACCCUGGAAGCCCUCCAGAAGUCUUUCGCCUGGAACCAGUAUCACCAGUGGGACUCCGAGAUGCAAGCGCAGUUCGUUGCCGAGACGCAGCAAACCUCCAGCGCUGUUUCGGGCGGUAGCAAUGCUGGAGACGGGAAUGGCGCCACCAGCGGAAGUGAAGCAGGAGGACAGCAUGUUUUCGCUUAUGAUACAAAAAAUGCUCUCGCGCGCAAGCGGGACUGGUACAAAUGAGUCACUCACUCCUUUAUUUCCCCUGCGACAUCUUCAGACUCUUUGCACCUCAUGUCGCGUCUCUAAGCAUCAUCUGUAGCAGUGGAACUGUGCGCCAGAGCAUUUUUCCGAAUCACACCCUCGCGACCAUCAGCCGAGACCCGGUGCUCGCGAAGCAAGCCCUCAUCCAACAGGCGGGCGAGUAUCAAAUGCAAAAAUGUCUGGGUCUGGAAGAGCGCCACACUUGUCGUGCAGGUUUUCCAUGACUAAUGAGGUCUGGUAUGUAGGACAUAGCAUGAGAAAUUCUGCGAGACCUCUCUAAUACCUAUCCUGCAUGAGAAACUGCGUCUCGAUUAGGUGAAAAAAGGGCAGCUUUUGGUAAUCAUGCAACACAGAUUUUUACAUUUUUCAGAUUUAGCAUGACAAGUUGCAUCCUUCCAGACCCAGACAUUUUUGCAUUUCAUAGCGAGAUCGAGAAGUUGAAGUCGGAGAAAAUCGCGUUGGCUAUCAAGUGAAAAUAUGUCCUGCGGUGGAAACUUGUGAUGCUAAAGUGUGGACGAUGCAAGCACUUCUGGAUGGAGCCAAGCAUAACAACUAUCCAGAACGCUUUCCUAAGUGCAGCCCGCAUGACAAACUGCGUUUUUGUAUGAGAAAAGAGGCUGCGGCUUUUGGCGGUCAUACAAUACAAAUUUCACAGGCAUGUCAGAUCAGCAUUACAACUUCGAACGUUCCAGACCCGGACAUAUUUGCAAUGCAUAUGGGCCAAAGAGCUGCAACAGCGGGUCACAGUAGCCCGGUACAAGGAAUUGUGUCUAUCCGAAGCACACCCGGACCUGAAGCAGGAACUGGAUAUAAGCACUGUAAAUUAGGAUGCUUAAAGUGCGGAAAAUUGUGCCGAACUUGUCAUGUUAAGUAUCCUACAGUACAUGACAAGUCAGUCCACCAUAUGUCAUGAGGAUAAGCGUGGUUUUCGAAUCCCAGCAUCACAUCUUUCCGCACCGAAGCAUGCUGUUUUCCAAACCAUAAGAGAAACACCGCAACGAUUUUUCCAAGGGGGCGAACCACUGUGUGACCAAGCACUUCGAGGCGGCGUCGGUGUACGCCAAAAACGUCACCGGUUUUUUCCAGCACACGAACGGUGGUUGCAACUCUAUCAAGUGCAAAAAUGUCCGGGUCUGGAGGAAUGUAACUUGUGAUGCUGCGUUUGGAAUCCAAAAACAUCUGUAUUACAUGAGCAGCAAAGGGAAGGCAACCCUUGCUACGCGGAGAGGGUAUCUGUCAUGCGCAAUAGGCAUCAAGAGGGCCUCAAAAAAUCUGUGAUGCUAGGGCAUGCAUCACAGACAUCAUGGCUCAUGCAAAAUGUGCAUGACAAACUCCCCAAAUCUUCCAGACCCAGACAUAUUUGCAUUUGAUAAACCCCUUCGAGGAGCAACAGUCGGACGCCGGUAGAGGAGAGACGGGAACUACCCAGCCCCCGCGGUCCGCUGCACCCCGGACGGGCGAAGCAACAGCUAGUAACGCAGGCACGCACAACUCGCUGCCGACGACCGUCUCACCCGUGCCGGCAGCAGGUACUACGCCCGCAUCAAGUAGCAGCAGCAGUUCUGCCGCACCGCGAACCCUGUUACCGCCGGACACGCAAGUACGUGCCGGGGGCGCGGCAAGCUCGAGCAGUGUCGUUCCCAGAACGGCGAUGGACGCCGGAGAACCAUGCAACAACCCCUCCACCCAGGACUCCCUAGUAGCAACUCGCAGACAGCAAUCAUCUUCCCCGACGCAGGGCGCACCGCUCCGGAAGCGACGGCAUACGGUCACCGGAUAUCGGAGGUAACAGAAAAUGCUGGUUCAUUACUGUGGUAGAUUGUAAUGCGCAGAGCGGCGUGUAUGACUGACUUUUGCAUGCCCUGUUCGAGUUAGCAUCAAAAUCAUCUCAGCAUUACAAACUAACAUUUGCGAUGAAGCGGCAACGAUGCUUUUCCAUGUCACAGUAGAUAA